AUGUCUUUCCACGGCUCUGCUCAGGACAUCCGCGUCGACGACGGCCACAUCCUCAAGGCCAACCUCGCCAACGUCGACGGUGAGUGGCAGGAGGCUGAGGUCAACCUCAACGACUUCCUCGGCAACAACAACGGCUCCUUCGAGUGGGGUGGAUCCGGCUUCGCCGACUCCGCCGAGGACAUCCACUUCUCCCUUGAGGGCGACAACGUCCCCAUCCUCCGCGCCCGUCUCUUCAACGUCGAUGGUGAGGCCGUCGACGCCGACGUCAACCUGGCUGAGCGCAUCGGCAACGACAACGGCAACUUCUCCUUCGCUUAA